GCACGAAUGCUUCAUACGAGACGAGCAUCAGAAGCAUGACAAUAGCUAGUCGCUUAUUUCUUAGCAAAUUUGCCUUUUAUAUUGUAACUUGCGAAAUUACAUUACAGGCCUACACAAUAUGAUUGUGGGUCGACAGCUAACUUAUUUUAGCUUGCAGCAUCGUUUAAUAUAUAUCAUUUUUGUGAAGACAGGAAGACAAAUGUAACGUGCUGAAAGUAAAAUUGGUUGGCGCGACGACACUUCAAACCACAGUAGCAGUCGGCGGUGACAAAAAAAACUAUGCGUUUAUGGAACGCAAACAUAACAAGGAAGUGAUCUCAGCAUGGUUUUAAUUUCCUGUUCUUAAAUAUUCGCACUGUAUUUUUAUCGCCAAAAACGUAUACCGCAAUUUAUAGUUUUUACUUAAAUUACGUAGUUACCCAUUUGCUACUCGGCUUGCUGAACAUAGCAAGCUCAUUUUCUGUCAUGUUUUGGGACUUUUAUCGACACUUCUGGACGGCUCAUAUGUUAAGCGAGCUAUACUAGCAAGCGGGGAGCAUGGACAGCUCCGUGACCCUGUGGCAGUUCCUUCUCCAGCUCCUAUUGGACCCCACCAAUGAUCAGCUGAUCUGCUGGACCAAUGAGGAGGGCGAGUUCAAGCUGCUGCAGGCAGAGGAGGUGGCCAAACUGUGGGGCACCCGGAAGAACAAACCCAGCAUGAACUACGACAAGCUCAGCAGAGCCCUAAGAUACUACUACGACAAGAACAUCAUUAAGAAGGUGAACGGGCAGAAGUUUGUGUACCGUUUCGUCUCCUACCCAGACAUCCUGAAAGGGGAUGCCUCUGCUCGGCCGGAAGGGGAGGGGGGUGCAGGAUGUAGCCUGCCCCUGUCCGAGAGGGGCGACAACAACUCCGGAGAUGGUGAAGGUGGGGACAGGGGUGGAGGUAUGACAGUGACACAGGGGUCCAGUACUAAGCCAUCCAACCGUAAUGACUACAUCCACUCUGGCCUGUACACCUCCUUCACCCUCACCUCGCUGCAAAAUGGACGCCAGCUCUUCAAGUCCAUUAAGAUGGAGAACCCUGCAGACAAGAUGGCCGACAGGAAGUCCAAUACCCAGGCUCAAGACCCGCCCUCUCAGCAGCCAUUGCUGUCGCCGUCAGUUAUCAAGUUCGGGACCACCCCUCCCAAGAGAAGCCCUCUGAUUUCAAUAGAAACACCUAAUCCGCCAUUGUGCCCUCCCAUGGGCGAUGUCGUGAUGACACACUCUGUCCUCCUGCCUCAGGCUGUGUGUGCGUUUGAGCAAGCCAAGCCCAUGGAAUCCUCGAGUCUUCGAAUCCUGAAUAGUUUCAGCCUAUCAGAGUUGCCCACUCGAAGCCCCUCCCCCAGCAUGGUGCCUGACUCCACCCAGGAGCUAGUAAUCGACAGCGACAUCGAGUCCAUCUCCUCCCAGCCCACAGAGACGCAGAUACAGGGGGUGCAGAGUUUUUGCCAAGUGUCAGGUGGUGAGGUGUGUGUAGAGAACAGGGACAAGGGAGGGAAUAGGGAGAUGAGUUUAUCUCCGUUGUGUGUGAGUGGCCAUAUCACAGGGGGCAAGGCCCGCAAGCCUCCUAAAGUCCUGGAGCUGUCCACUCCUACACUGGUGGUCACCACCUCUGACCUCCCACCUAUGAACCUCUACAGCCCCUCCCUUCCCACCGCCUCUCUCACACCUGCAUUGCUACAGACACCCACUCUGUUGCUGACCCCCAGUCCCCUUCUGUCUAACAUCCACUUCUGGAGCACGCUCAGCCCGGUGGCUCCCCUCAGCCCUGCCACCCGGCGCCAGCAGGGCACACACACCCUGUUCCAGUUCCCCUCGGUGCUCACCCCUCAUUUCCAUAUCCCCACACACAGCCUCGAUGGGACCAACACCCCUGGACCCCUCACCCCAGACCCUCAUAAGACAUAAGAGACCUUAUCCUUGGAACCUGUGCAGCCCCCAGACAAUGAGGCCCUACUUCAGCUCCCCCCACACCCCCCAAACAGACAAAAGACACGGUGGUUCACAACUCCCCUAAAGAGGGCUUAGCCAGACUUUUUAGGAAUUGCCAUAGUAAUGGGUGCUGCAAAGUUCAUGGAUUGGAUGCUGAGCAGUCACAAAUGUGCAUCUCUACCUGGAACAGGCAAUUGUGUCUCUGUUCUUGAGACCAAUGGUAUUACAGAUUUUUUUUUUUUUUAUGUGAACCUUCAUAUUAUUUCCUUCUUCUAUUCUGUUUGAUGCUGUGUUGUCAAUUCCAAUGCAGUUUUUUAGAUGUUUUCAUGGGUAAUGUUCCUGCUAUUUGUUGUAUGUUUUAAACCAGGGGUCUCAAACAGGUCAAUCACGAGAUACCAGUAACUCGCAAUUUUCACGUGUUUCACUGCAAACUGUCAUAAACAAAUCUCACAAGUAUCAGACACCGCAAGCUCCCAGCUACUAUCUAACCAACGCAACAUUGACAUUAUCCCCCCCUGGUUAGCCACUUGGCUUAAAAAGCCAAGCCUAACACAAUAGCACUACAGAACCAUCGCUAGACUGGUACAUUAGACGGCACACAAGAUGCGCAAUUAAAUAUUAAAAUAGGGGAAUUUCACUCAAAUCUAAAUGUUCUUUAUUUUUAAGCAUUGACAUUGAUUCAGAACAUCCAGUUUGGUUGUAUCUCUGUGAACAAUUGUAAUUUGAGUGACAAACUAAAAAAUCUAAAACCAGGAAAAAUAAAACAGAACAGAAUUUGGGAAAAUAUUAAACCGAAUUUGGGGAUUUAUAUUUUAUUUUUGUAGGGCCCUCCUUAGUUUUUUAUUAACCAUUAUUUUACCAGGUAUAUUGACAGAAAAGAGUGCACUACUUUCUCUUGUACACAAAGGAUCCGGAGAGGAGAAUAAUGUAUAUAUUUGAAAGCUAGAAAAUAAUUUGUAGCUCGUGACAUGUUACAUUUGUUAAAAGUUGGAGACCACCUCAGAUGGGAAAUGCUUCAACUGGCCUCACACUUGGUGUUGGCAAGCAUAAACUGUUGCCAUAACAGAUUAAGUCCUUACUGUAACGCCCUCACAUCAGAACAAAACCAAAACACCUCACACCCACCAUUUACACCAGAGACAAAUGGGCAUAUGUGACCUAUGGGUUGGUAAUGCUUGAAUUUGUGUGAAAAAGCCCCUAUACCUCUAGGUACAUUUAUGAGAAGCCAUAACCAUUACCUUUGUCCCAACCUUAAACCUGGCCUUAACCAUAUUCCUAACCUACAAAGGAAAUUUAAACCAACCUGUGGCCUCGGGUAGUACAAUGGACCAUUAUUAUCACCUCCUUUGACAAAUAGCCACGAACCUUGUGGAGAUUGAGCAAAUAAUGAUCCUCACCCUAAACUAACCCUACGGCUAUGCACUUCUGUUGAUAUAAAGCCAUAAGAAAAACAUUAAAUGUGUGAAGCAAAAUCACAUCUUGAUUCCGAAUAUAGAAUUGAUAAGUGAGGAGUACUUUCGCUGGCGCUAGUGUUGGAUGGCAUAUUGUCACUAACCCACAGCAUUGCUCCAUAAGACUCAGCCAUUCUAAUGUGGUGCCUUAACCCCCAAGCCAAACAUGAAGAGGAGGAACAACCAUCCCUCCUCUCCACCCUAUCCUACUCCCUCUGCCCUGGUCUCCAGUGCCUAUAUGCUCUCCCUGGGAGCAAACCUCAGCUUCUACAGAGCACUAACAGUAUUUGGUUUAUAACGUGAAUUGAUAAAGUAAUAGACUACAUAAUGUAAGUAUUAUAGAUUUCUACCGGUCCUUUACUCUAAAGUCGGCUCUCCUAUGCGUUUCCUCUCCCAGGUGUGGGUAAAAUGACCCGUGUGUAAAAACGGCCCUUGCCAUGACAUGGCCAGUGAAUAGCCUGGGUGGUGCCAGUCUGUUUCUGCAUUGCAAACAUGUCACCUUGUCAAGACUGUUUAGAAAAUGGCAAUGAUGUGGCACGGUUGAAGGCAGAAGCAGGCUGUCAGAAUACCCACACAGGGUGUUCAAAGCCUGUCACAAUAGCGUUUUUUACUUAUUCUCAUGACAUAAUAUUUACAUUUUGGUGUAUAUGAUUCAUGUUUUAGAACAGGUUUGCAUAGGUAUUAUGAUUGAAUGACAGUCAUCUUAAGUAUGGAAUAUCGUCACCCACAUUUGCAAGACCUGUGAAUGAGGAACAUGAGCUUUUAAUGUACCACAAAUCAUUUCUAGGGAGAUUCUGCUAAACUUGAUUUUGCACGAGCUAAAACAUGUACACAUGUAUAUGAUUUAUCAGUAUACCUUCAAACCUGUCUUAAUCCCUCUCUUCUUUCCCUCUCUUUGUGUCUGUUAUCUGCUUAUGAGGUGUCAGAUACUAUUUUCUCUGUCAUAUGAUUGUGAUGUGAACUUCAGCUGACAUGUAUUUUCAAUUAAUUCCGUCUCCCCCAUCACCCUAACAAUCUGAAUUGUAAUCUGUGGUUUUGUUACAUGACCAGAUGCGAGGCUCCAUGCUGUUCUGUAGUCUGUUUUUAAUGGUGAUGUCUUUGGUCUUUACACCGUUUUCUAUACUCAUUGUUGGACUAAUGGCAUUGACUAUUUGAGCAUCGAAGCCUUAAGGAGUGAAACUUAAAUCCAUGUCUUUGUUAAGUAUUUUGAUAUUGUUAAUAUUGUCUGUGUAGGUGUGUGUCUUAAUGUUGGCAUUUAGAACAAUGGGGUGCCUGUAGUAUGAGAUUUUACAGCAUCGCUUUUCUGUGUUUCAAAUUAUACUUCUUUCAAAAAGCUAUAUUGAUCUAAUUAUAGCUGUAAAUGAAUAUUGUGUACAUUUCUAUUUCCCAAUCAACAGCAAAACUAUGCACAAAGUACUUUAUAAUGCAAAUCUAAGGAUUAAAUCUUAAAUGUUUAUAUUCUAAGGAAGUGUGUCUAAGAGGCAUAACUUUAAAUGAAGCAGAGUCCCUAUGUUUAGUUUGGCCUUAUAACAUGUGUAUUACCUCAAACUAAAGAGUUAGAUUUAUUAACUUGAUACAGUAGUCAGAAACAGUUCUAUAUACAUAACUAUAGUUCUGAUAAAGACAACCUCUGAAUAUGUAGGCAUAUUAAUGAUUUUGAUUCAUGUUUCAUUCAUUAGACCCUGUUGCACAAAACAUUACACCUAGUGCAUAUUUCAGAAAAAAUUGUAUUUUACAACCCCCUAGAGUCGAUUGAUGCACCUGUUUGUCAAUCUAAGUUACAUGACAAAAAAAAAUCUGUCAAGCUAGAUAGAGUUUUAUUGCAUUGGACACGUCUCAAUCCAUCACAUCCCCCAGUGUGACACAUCCACAUCGGAGGUGAAACGUGGCAGAGCUAGACCGGUGUUUGUCAGACCAUGAGACAUCCCGAAAAUCGGUCUUCUCACAUAAACGUCUAGUGUCUGAAGGGUUUGACCUACACUGUGGAAAGGGAAGAUUCUCACAAACACGAUGGUGUUCUCUGUUUUGCUCUAGGACCCCCACAAGUGUCACGGGACUCAUGAGGUAACCUGUACCUGUAUAAAAAAAAAAAAUGUAUUACGGUAGUUUUGUGCCUACCCCAAAAAGGGGUUAACUAAAUAAAAAUGUUUAUUUCCUGAGUUUUUAAAAAUAUUUCCUAGAUUUAAGACGACACUUCAAAGCCUUGUUUCUUAUAAUGUAUUUUGUUCACUGUCCCUUUUACCAUUUUAUGAAUGUUAUUCAAUGCGUUUCUAUGGGCUUUAGUAGUAACGGACGAAAUCAAUAUUUUAUCAGAAUAAAAAAAACAUGUUUGAUA